AUGCCCCCUUCUCAGUCUCUCCACAGACCCAUCUGUGAGCAGCCCAGGUCAACCGGUGCUCCUCAGAGGGCUCUGCACGUCCAGGUGGCCUCAAGGUCACCACCCUCUGCCUGGCCCUAUGUGCUGGAUGGUCCUGGAAACAAACCAGACCUCUGCCAGUCACCAGAGCCACCUGAGCCCAGCGUGCAUUCACAUGCGCACAUGGAAGAAUACCUAUCAGCUGGGCUGCAGGGCCCCCACCCCCACCUCCUGGUGUAUUCCUGCGUUUCAUCCCUUCUUCUGAACUUUGGGUACCCUCUCAAUUGCCACCUCCCAUCCUAUCUAGUCUUUUCCUGUAGUCCCAGCCCCAUGUGA